AGCUUGCUGUUGUUGCGAUGGGCCGCAUGAAUCGUAAUCAAGACCAGCGAGAUGAUUAUCAAAAUUUACGAAUUUAUCAGUAUCCAAAUAACCACGUUUAUCAAAAUCGAGCGGCUAAUUUGAACCCGCACUACCAAAAUCCCGUGGACUUGGUCAGGGUUCAAGAGCGUAACAAUGGCUCCCAGGAAAAUAUUUAUGAAAGAUUGGACAAUGAUGACGAGGAUGAGAGAAACAAUGAGAAUAACGAGGCAGACGGCAAUGAUCGUGAGGCUGUUGUUGUAAGAAACGAGCCGAAUGAUCAGAACGACCGCGAUCAUAUGUAUGAACGCAUUGACAACCGUCCUUGGUACCGCGGAGGCGGCUGCAGUAAUCACCACCACCGCGCACCGAACAAUUUUCCUACUUCAUCAGUCUUCUGGAACGCGAUUGAGAGAAAUGCGAACCGGUACGAUCCACGCGAAAUUUAUUUGCCGAACAACGCGUACUUGAACCGGCUGAGUUUAUCGCGGAACUGCUUCUCGACGGACAACGUCGCGAUGGCAGGCAAUAGUGGUCGUAACGUCUAUCAUCUGGGACACAAUUGCAUGUGUCAAUUCUGCACGAGACUGCCUUUUAUCAGGUACCACAUGUGUCAGCAGUGUUCCAGCAGUUUCCACGACAGAUUGAGAUGCUACGACGACUCGGGAGGCCCCUCGGGAGCUUCUGGUUCCUCGAGACAUUACAUCUAUCAAGUAUCUAGGAGCUGUCGGUGUGCCUACUGCCGCGGCGGAGACUACUCAUACUCGAGAUUUCCCAUUAGCGCAGCCAGUCGUCUCGUUGACGCGCUGAGACGUGACUGUCAUCAAUGUGGGAGGAAUCACGCCCAAUGUAAUUGUCGUAGCAGGCUGUUGACUACUGCUGCGGCUUCUAAUUCCGCAAUUUAUAUUGGGAGGAUCGAUCGAAUCGGGUUUGUCAAUAAUCCGCUGUACGCAAACCCGAUGAUUUAUGUCGGGAGAAUUGAAAGGUCUUUGGGAAAUCAGGAGGCUGGUAAUGAAGAUCCCGCGGCUUCUGCUGCUGGAAAUUCAGCGGGUGGAGCUAGUGGAAGUGGAGAGGCAAGUGGGGAAAGAAAUUCAAGCCAAGCUGGGCCGUCUAAUCAGGCUAAUGCUAAUGCUAAUGCUAAUAUUAGUGUUAAUGUUAAUGCUAAUGAUAAUGGGGACGUCGUUAGGCAGCACACUUGUGAUGACUCCUGCAUUCGAAACAAUGCGAACGCUCCAGGCACCUGUCAGUUUAUUAACAGAAAUGAAAGGUCUAGCAUGGAGUGCAAUGGCGGCCGGGUUUCUUAUCACUGGUGGUUCGUCAACAGGUGGCUUCCACCCUGGGGAUCGCAAGAUAGAAAUUCAGAUACUGCUAGCGCGAAUCUCCCUGCAGGAAGUAGCAGUAGCAGUAAUAGUAAUGGUAAUAGUAAUGCGAGUACUAGCGCAAGUGCUCCGAGAGUCGAGGAACCAAGAGAUCCCCCGGGAAGUGACAGUGAUGAACCUUAAAUUGAAAUCCAUUGACACGGUUUCCCGGUUAAAAGUUUAAUAUCAGACGGAGAACUAGAAUACAGUUUAAUGGAAUAGCUUUAACCAGCUACGGAGAAAUCAUUCCAGUUAUUCCUUUUUUUUUUAUUUUGUGAUAGCUUAUUUGAAGCGGGCUGGGUUAUGGAGG